GUAAAGGUGGACUGCUUUUGUGUCGCGCCGGCUGCAAUUUGACUGUCGCCUUCAGAGUGACAGUCAGACAGACAGACAGUCAGUCGACUCUCUCACUCAUUUUCUGUGUGUUGGGGAAGUGCACCUGGAAACUUUUACAUUGUAUUCGUCCAGUAUGUCCAUCAGUCGGAAGAACUGGUCGGCUUUGUCCAGCCUGGCACGCCAGUGGACGAUGGAGGAUGAGGAGGAGGUGGAGAGGGAGAGGAGGAGGAGGGUGAGGGGCUCGAGCAGCACCGCCGACCCCGAUGCUGACGUCAGUCAAACAACAGGCGUGUCGCCCACCGGUGACAGCACCUUCGGGACAGCCUCCACGAGUGAGACGUCCCAAGGGCUCAGCAGUGCGGAGCAGCUGCAGCUGGACUUUGUGGAGAUGCUGCGUGUCCGUGAUGAAAAGCGGAGGAAGAGGCACGUGGAGACGCUGAGGCGACAGAAGGAGUUAGGGGAGGAUGAGGCAGAGGCCUGUGAGGGAGGUGAAGGAGGAGCCAGGGUGGAGCUACUGGGGGACUUGGAUGAGGACCAGGGUGACGUGUUGCCGUCUGUGAAAACCACGUCCAAACCACAACCACCCCCCAAAACAGCCUCUUACAGCCCAAUCACCACCACUACCACCAGCAGCACCAUCACCAGCAGCAGCAGCAGCAGUGCUAACAUCGCAAAUAGACAACACGAAAAUGGAGAAUCGUCGGGCAAAGAUCCUGAACCCAAGCCACCGUCCAACCCGGCUCGCAAGUUUGUCAGCUCUGUCUCCAUCUCACUCGACAAAAGUCCCUCCACCAGCAGGUGUGCGACUCCCAUGAGCCCCCGCUCUCCGACGGGCCCCUCGUCCCCUCGAGAACACUGGCCCUCGCCUUGCCAGAGUCCCUCACCGAGGGGAGCUCAGAGCCCCGUUCACAACGGACACACACAGGAGAAUGGCUCUUCCCCCAACGGCAACUUUGAACAGACGACCAAGCCUGCGUUCGUCAGGCAGAGCUCCAGGACUAUAUCUUUCAGGAUGAUGAGGAAGAAAGAGGAGGAGAGCGCGCCGCUGCAGAGGAGUGCGAGCGUGAGGAUCGCCUCCAAGAAGUUUGAGUCCAACACAGACGAAAAUGAAGAUGAAGACAAAGCGUCAUCUUUUCAAAGAAACUCUCGGCAAAGGAUUUCGUCCCGGUCCAUCCAGGAGAAGAUGGAGAGACUGGCUCAGGCUGCACAGAAGUCUGAAGCGACGCGUUCACCUGACGUGACCCAGAGGACCCUGUUCCUGCUGGAGGAGGUGUCCAGGAAGAGAGGCCUGUUCGAGAAGGAGCAGCAGGCGGCGGGCCCCGCCAGCCCGGGAGUUUCCAGACAGGAAUUUAGGAGCUUCACAUCAGGAAUGUCGGACCGCAUCAACCGCUGGCUCAGCAAGACCAGCCAACCCGGAUCUCCACACAGUCCUGCAGACUUGAGAAACGUGGACAUCUCCAGUAAGAGGAGCCUGUUCGAGAGCGGCAGGGAGGACUGUGUCCCUAAAACCAGCCCUGGAAAAAUCCUCAAGUGAAGGACGCCCAUUUAUAUUACCCCGCAGGUGAAAUUACUGCGUGUAGUGACGCGACGGUGGCAGCAACACUUCUGAGGAAGCCAAUAACUUUUAAUUUGAUAUGGAAUAACAAUACGUUUCUUUCUUUUGCUUUUCUGUGCCUUUAUAUCCUUUUACUUAGAGGACAAGGAGACGAGGAAGACAGCCAGGAGAUUAAUGGACGCUAUGACUGAUUCUUUCUUCAAGAUUUUUUUUUUUGUCUUUUUUCUUUCUUACUUCAUUGCCAAAGCACACAGGAGGAACAGAUAUGCGAACCGCAGAUAACAUUUUAAAAAAAAAGUGAGUUGAGUUUUAGCUUUAGAGGACUGAACACAGGGAUGCUGCUUUUAAAGUUAGGAGGCUUCAAUCAUACACAUCAGCACUGCUUCUCCAAGUACAAAAUACUUGGAAAAGAGUGAAAAGCAAAGUGAGAGGUGGAGAAAAAGUGUUGUUUUUUGCUUAAAAAAAAAA